AUGGUGUUGCCAAUGUUUAUUCUUAUCCUGAUGCUUCAAGCUUCUGCAAUGCAAAACAAUAUCAUUGAGCAUGAGGAAAGCUCUGAUGGUGAUUUUAAAGCUCCCAUUACAGAUCCUGAGAUUCUUAACCAGCUUUUCCAAAACAACGAUGAUCAAUUAUUGAGCCAAGAAAUAAGGUCAAAUGCUACAGAAAAAGAAAGAAAACUAACAGCAGCCUGCACAAAUGGUGAAAAUAAUUGCCAGACUUGUGCAUCUGCAACACUUUGCGGAACUUGCCUGCUUUCUAAUACUAUUCCUGACAUUAAUGGAGGAUGCACCCAAACAUAUUUAAAAAAUUGUGCUCUUGUUUCUUCCGAUACUGUAUGUAGUGCUUGCAAAGCAGGCUAUUAUCAAGGCUGUAAAUCAUGCAGUGACUUAAUUCCAGGUUGUACUGCUUGCUCUGAUGAUGGGCGAUGCGUAACUUGUGGUUCAGGAUAUCUACUAGAUGGUAUGACUUCAACUUGCAUGGCUUGCAGUAAUCCACUCUGCGAUUCUUGCCCAAAUAAUAUGUGCAUAAAAUGUAAGUCAGGGUAUUUUGCAGACGGUAGCACUUGCAAAGAUUGCCCCAGCUAUAUGACAGGUUGCCAAGAAUGCUCAAAUAGCGACAAAUGCACCAAAUGUGUGACAGGAUAUAUACUAAAUGAAAAUUCCCAAUGCACCCAAUCAUCAAUACCAAAUUGUAUUGCACUUAAUUCUGGUACAAUGCUAUGUGUAACUUGUGCGAGUGGAUAUUACGAGAAUGGUGGCUCGUGCACUCAAAUACCAUGCACAAGCACUCAAUACUGGGAUGCUACCUUAAAGGAAUGCAAGGGAUGCAAUACAAUUAAUUUAAGUUGCAUUACUUGCAGCUCAUAUCCAAGAUGCACUUCAUGUUCAGCUGGAAAAAUAGCUGAUGAUUAUGGCUUAUGCACCCCUUCAACUCUUUCUAAUUGUGCUAUGGUUAGAGCUACAGAUCCAAAUUAUUGCGUGAAAUGCUCCACUGGAUAUACCUCUAACGGAGCAGGAGGGUGUAGAUGGUCUCCACUAAAGUAUUGUAAUGCAGUUUCUGAUGCUUAUACUUGCACAGCCUGCUCUAGUGGAGCUGCUAAUAGCUGUGGCUCAUGCAACGCAAUUAAUUUAUUCCCUAAUUGUGCUUGUGCUUCUCAAGAGGGCUCAUUUUGUGUCAAAUGCAAUGAUGGCUAUAUUGUUAAAGCAGGCUCAUGCUCUAAAGGUAUUUUCUAUUUAGAUUGCUCUUCUAAUUGUGAGGAUUGCACUUCGAAAGACGUAUGCACUCAAUGCAAGUCAGGAUAUUUCCUUUAUGAUGAAAGUGCAACUAAAACAAGCUGUGUUUGUAAGAUUUAUUUAGCAUGUGCCGAUUCGUGCAAUUUAUGCACUAAUAGUCCUAUUUGUUUUGAGUGUGCUGACUUAAUAGUCCAAGAUGGAAGUUCGUGUAGAGUGGAUAAAGUGGGAUAUCAAUUGAGUUUCGACUCUCCAGAUGCAGUUAUUGAUUUUGCUCACGCGCUUUCGAAAGUGGUAGCUUUUGAUUCUUUUACAGCUAAGAAAGGUGAAGUUGUUGUUCCUACAGGAGGUUGGAGUGUCAAAUCAUCGACAAUAAGCCAGAUCAAGGUUCAGACUGAUUUGGAUGUUUCUCAGCUUCCAAUUGAUGUCACCUUCAGCUUUAAGGAGAUUGACUCUUAG